GAUUAUCAUAUUCUUCAUCCCUUUCUGAAAUAUUCAGAAAAUCAUCCCCAAUCAAGAACCAAAAACUGGUCUUUUUCUCAUCUUCUUUGAAGUUUUAUUCAAGAAAAAAACACCCUUUUGCUUAAAAUCAUGAUUUGUUCAGUAGUUUCUAGUGGCAAUGUUCAAGAUUUCAUAAAAAUCCAAUCUUUAUCAUGUUGUCAGCAGCAAAAUCAUCUUUCUUCCAUGAACAUGACUUGUUCAGUAGUUUCUAGUGGAAACCCUUUACUACCCAAUGUACAAAAAUUCAGAAAGAUUCAAUCUUUAUCAUGUUGUCAGCAGCAAAAUCCUUCCACCAACAACACCAUUGACAAACCAUGGAAGCCCAAAAGUCAUCUGAUAAAGAUAUUAGAAGCCCUUCAAGUUGAGAAAGUUUAUUCUCCUAGUAAGGUCAAGAAAAAAGUGGUUUUUGAGGAGAAGAAUGGGGGUUUAUCUCAGAUGGGGAGUCAAUAUAUGGCAAUUUUGUGUGGGGUUGGGUAUUGGGUACAGGGUUUUAGGUGUUUUCCUUGGUUGGGUCUUAACUUUCAUAUGGCUAAUGGAAUGAAUAUGCAUCCAUCAACAUUGCAACUUGUGCAGUAUUUUGGGAUUUUACCAAUGGUUGCUAAGCCUAUUUUUGGAAUUCUGUCUGAUGCUGUUUAUAUUGGUGGUGCUCAUAGAAUACCUUAUAUUUCUCUUGGAGUUCUCCUCCAGGUUUUGGCGUGGGGUCAAUUGGCAUUAACCUCAGCUGCGAGUGAAGCUCUUCCUGCUCUUAUGGCAUGUGUCCUUCUUAGCAACGUUGGGGCUUCCAUCACAGAAGUUGCCAAAGAUGCUCUUGUGGCUGAAUAUGGUCAAAAAAACAGAAUGCCGGGUCUACAGUCUUAUGCAUUUAUGGCUUCAGCUGCUGGUGGAAUUUUAGGUAACUUGAUUGGAGGAUAUUUCCUACUCAAAACACAGCAACCUAAGUUAAUGUUUCUAGCCUUUUCUGCUUUGCUUGCUCUGCAAUUAGUAGUAACUUCAGCUACCAGAGAAGAGUCCCUUGGUUUAGCUCAAUCAUCAAAUUAUUCCGUUGUUAGGGAACCAAUCACGGAAUUAUUUAGAAAACAGUAUUCGGCUCUUAUGGUAGCAGUUACAGACGAAAGUAUUGCUCGCCCUCUUAUAUGGGUUGUUAUGUCAAUUUUAGCAGUCCCGGUCCUCUCCGGAUCUAUCUUUUGUUAUCAGACACAAUGCCUAAAUCUUGAUCCAUCAGUUAUAGGGAUGUCAAAGGUGAUAGGCCAAUUGCUGCUUCUUUCUUUGACAGUCUUUUAUGACCGGUUCGGCAAAAGGAUUCCAAUGAGAAAAUUGAUUGGUAUUGUGCAGAUAACAUAUGCUGCUUCUCUUCUUCUUGACCUUGUACUUGUUAAGCAGCUUAAUCUCAAAUUGGGAAUUUCGAAUGAAUGGUUUGCUCUUUGCUUCUCGGGUCUAGCUGAAACUAUUGCAGUAUUUAAGCUCUUACCAUUCCAUGUGCUGUUUGCCAGUUUGGCUCCAUCAGGGUUUGAAGGAUCUCUCAUGUCUUUCUUGGCAUCAGCUCUGUGUUUUUCAUCAGUAUUUAGUGGUGUUUUAGGUGUUUCCUUGGCUACUUUCCUUGGUAUAACUCCUGGUAACUACUCGAGUCUGCAUAGUGGGAUUCUUAUCCAGUUUGUUGCGGCGUUGCUACCACUGGGAUGGCUCAGUUAUGUCCCUAUGGCUCAACCUGCAGCUGAAAAGGGAAUGAAGAGAGGUCAAAGUAAAAGGACGAGAAAAUAUAGAAGGGUAGGGAGGGUCGUUGAUUCGUUCUAUUCUUACAGACGCAAAAGAGAAUCUGAUUUUGAUGAGCAUCCAUUACUGACUAAAUGAUCAGUCUGCUGCUUCAAGAAAUUUGUUCAUGUCCUAGUCCCAAGAGGAAAUGAUGAUGAGAACGGACGACUCAUGACUAGUCUCUGGUACUUAGUAGAACUCAUCUAUUGAUUCUUGUCGAGUUACAAUGAUGCAGUCUGUUUCUCUGAUUAUGUCUGAACUUUCAAGAGACAUAUCUUUUACUCGAGCAGAUUGAAGAAGGACGAUGUAGCCUUAUCCACGUUGUGUAAACUGUUGAGUUGCGGAGAGGCAAGAGAGAUGGUCUUUUCAAGAUCUCCACUGGUACUUCUCACUGAUCAGAGACUGGUUUCGAGUAGGAUCCCUCGCGCUCUAUUGCUUUUUGUAGAUGAUGGCAGCCUCUGAGUUUGUGGGAGGUUUGAGAAAAAUGACAAGCAAGUGCAAUUAUACUGAGGA